UAUCACUUCCUCCUUGGCUGUGGCAAGUUCAGAAAGGAGGGAACAGGAGGGAGGGGGAGAGGGAGGUACUCUCACAUAGCUCUCUCGGUCUUGCUUUUCUACAGAAAAAGAGUUAACUCGGCUGAAACUGAAACAGGACAAGACUUGUUAAAGAAAAGCCCCAUCGGGCUGUGUCUCUCCUUCAUUCUCUCAGUUUCCUGCUCAAGGAAGCCAUUUUGUACAGGCUGGAGUCUAGGACAACAAACUUUUUUCCCUUUCUUUCUCCUUCCUCAGUGUUUCCUGUGAAAAUUGAGACUUUCUCAUCAGCAGAACAACUUCUUCACCAGAGAAGGAGGAGCGGUGGAAGAGCAAGGGUAGGAGGGGAGAAGUUUCUCUCAGUCUGUCUCUCACGCUUGCCUUGCCGGGAUAAUGAAAGAAGUGUGAGUGCAGAUUACAAAAAUCAAGAGGGAGAGGUAGAAAGAAAGAAAGGAAGAAGCAGUGCUUCCUGGAUAGGGAUCUCCCCUUGACUCCUCUGGGAGAAAGGGUGGUCACAGGACAGAGACUCCCUGUAGCGGUGUGUAUUUGUUUGUGGAUCAGCGUGUAGCGAGGGAUGGCCAACGCCAGCCCCUGUAUGUCGCCGGGACCCCUAUCCCAGGUCUUCUUCCACACAGGGGGCCCCUCUCCCCCAGGCUCUGUGGUGAUGCAGCAGGGGACCCCCAUGGCCGUGCCUCCCACCCCUACUCACGGUGGUCUCCCCCCUGUGGACCUGGGGGCUGGGCUGGGCCCUGGGGGGGUUGCCAAUUCCUACGUGCCCCCAACCCCAGCUGGGGUCUCCUUCAUCAUCCAGAUUGGGCUGACAAGAGAGUCAGUGCUGCUGCCCCAGACCGCUGACCUUGCCUACGUCAAACAAGUCGCCUGCUCCAUUGUCGACAUCAAGUUCCCAGAGUGUGGCUUCUAUGGCAUCUAUGACAAGAUCCUGCUAUUUAAACAUGACACAGGCACCAACAACAUUCUGCAGCUGGUCAAGGCUACCCAGGACAUCCAGGAGGGAGACCUGGUGGAGGUGGUACUCUCUGCUGCGGCCACAUUUGAGGAUUUCCAGAUCCGGCCUCAUGCCCUGAACGUCCACUCGUACCGUGCCCCGGCCUUCUGUGACCACUGUGGAGAGAUGCUGUUUGGAUUGGUCAGACAGGGCCUCAAAUGUGACGGCUGUGGACUGAACUACCACAAGCGCUGUGCCUUCAGCAUCCCCAACAACUGCAGCGGCGCGCGCAAGCGGCGCCUGUCCACCACAUCUCUGACCAGUAGCCAGUCGCUGCGUCUGUCCACCAGCGAGUCCCUGAGCAGCGUGGGGACCAGCUCAGUCAGCACCUGCAUGGAAGAGGCCAGCCUGAUCCGCCCUCACACCACCCAGACGCUCUCGAACUCCACCUGUACCGCGUCAGCAUCCCUGGGCCUGUCCACCAGCGCCUCCAUCACUAGACCCAUGGUCCGCGCUAACACUCAGAUGCCGCGGACCCCCAGCGAGGCGCGGCGGUUCUACACGGGCCGUCCGGUGCACCUGGACAAGAUCCUGAUGAGCAAAGUGAAGGUGCCACACACGUUCGCCGUGCACUCCUACACGCGCCCCACCGUGUGCCAGUACUGCAAGAGACUGCUCCGGGGCCUCUUCAGACAAGGACUGCAAUGCAAAGAUUGCAAGUUCAACUGCCACAAGCGCUGUGCGUACAAGGUUCCCAACGACUGCCUGGGGGAGACCAUAGGAGACAUGUUGAGUCCCAGUGUGGACCUCGAGGUGCCUAUGGACUACAAUAGUGAGUAUGCCGACUCGGACAAGUCUUCUCUGAUGGACGAUUCAGACGAGGCCUGCAGCAUCCCUGGGUCUUUCUCCCCUGAGAGCAGCCAGGAUGGGGUCAGCGGGGACCAGAGCGCUAACAUCCCGUUGAUGAGGGUGGUUCAGUCUAUGAGGCAGACCACCCGUCGCUCCAGCACGUCCAUCAAAGAGGGCUGGGUGGUGCACUACAGCAACAAGGACACACUGAGAAAGCGGCACUACUGGCGUCUGGACUGCAAGUGCAUCAUCUUGUUCCAGAACAACACCACCAACAAGUACUAUAAGGAGAUCCCUCUGUCUGAGAUUCUGGAGGUGCGCCCCGCAGGUGACUUCACCCUGGUUCCUCCGGGCACCAGCCCCCACUGCUUCGAGCUUGUCAUGGGCACCAUGCGCUACUUCGUAGGGGAGGACCCCAACGUCCACGUCCCCGCCCUGCCCCCCACCACCCUCCAGGCCUUCCCCCCCCCACCCCCCUCCCCCAGCAAUGUGGUGCCCAAUAGCGGCGUGGGGCGGGAGGUGGCCAAGGCAUGGGAGGGCGCCAUUCGCCAGGCCCUCAUGCCAGUCAUCUUCCAGGAUGCACCGCCGGUAGAGGGACACACUCCUCACAGACAGGCUUCAGUCAGCGUCUCAGUGUCCAACAGUGUGAUCCAGGAGAACGUGGACAUUGGUAUGGUGUACCAGAUAUUUGCAGAUGAAAUCCUCGGUUCCGGCCAGUUUGGAGUGGUGUAUGGGGGGAAGCACAGGAAGACGGGGCGCGACGUGGCGGUGAAGGUGAUUGACAAGCUGCGCUUCCCCACCAAGCAGGAGAGCCAGCUGAGGAACGAGGUGGCCAUACUGCAGAGUCUACGUCACCUGGGCAUAGUGAACCUGGAGUGUAUGUUUGAUACUCCAGAGAAGGUGUUUGUGGUGAUGGAGAAGCUCCAUGGAGACAUGUUGGAGAUGAUCCUGUCCAGUGAGAAAGGCAGGCUCCCAGAGAGGCUCACCAAGUUCCUCAUCACACAGGUCAGUGUGUGUGUGUGUGUGUGUGUGUGUGUGUGUGUGUGUGUGUGUGUGUGUGUGUGUGUGUGUGUGUGUGUGUGUGUGUGUGUGUGUGUGUGUGUGUGUGUGUUCCCAUAUGGGGAAAAAAUACAUUUCAAAUGUAUUUUUAAUAAUCUUUUUAGGAUACAUGUGAAAUAUUUACAAUUGGACAAUGUAUUUGUCCAAUUGAAAUGUUCCACGAAAUGAGUGCCUUUUGAUAAGUAAAGUAACAAUUAUGCACUAAUAUUGCAUUUGUAAAUGCCUGUUAUAUGAAAUGAAGUCCCCUGAAAAUUGAAGAUUUUAACCCCCCGAAAUACUCCAGGUUUUCACCGACAUUAGCUAGGUUUCCAUCCAAUUGGCGACAGAUUUUCAUGCGAAUAUUUAAAAAAUCUGCAUAAAGAAAAUAUGUGCAUUUUCCCACCGGUGGUUCCACCAAACUGACUUGUUGCGGACAAAAAUCAGUGUGUGAUGACGUAGUGCAAACAAAAUCUGAUUUUUUUCUUGUUCUGAAUGAAAAUCUAAAGUUCAAUGUGUUUCCAUUGCAUUUUUAACUCUACGGAAAGUUUUGUCACAAAAACGCUGUUGUGACAAAACAAAUGUGCCUACUCUGGUCUUGGUACACACGCCAACAGCUCACAGAUACAUUGCGGGUAGGCUGUGCAGGUAGGCUAGUCUACAUGAUGAGAUUAUUAUGGAUAAGAGGGAGGCUAUAUCUUUUUGUCAAACAGUAGUCAAGCACAGAUCAUCAUGUCACCAGAAUAAGACCCUGGAUAUUUAUUGGAAAGGAGCAUCAAGCUCAUCACCGUGCACUUUCACCACCCUGUGAAGUUCAUCGUCACUUAUUUCAUCUGUAGUCUAGUAAACUGCAUGGUUACCCCAGUCGUA